CUCUAAUGGAGUAAGCUAUCAUUGUUAUCUCAAUCCACACAUUGAAAUAGAGAGGGAGUUGUUGGAAGGGAGGAGGAGAAGGAGAAGGAGAAGAGAAUGGCUGCAAGAUUGGUUUUUGUGCAACCAAGGCAGUUCUCUCACCUAAGCUCUUCUUGGUUUUCUCCACACUCUUCUCUUCUUGCUUCUUCAGUCUCUGACUUCAAUGGUGCUUCUCUGAACUUCUCAGUCAAGAACAAAAGGAAGGUAUGGCAGUCGAAGGGAACACUGCAAGUGAGAUCGUCGAAUGAGAAGAAGAUCUUGAUAAUGGGUGGCACUAGAUUCAUUGGUGUAUUCCUUUCUAGACUCCUCGUCAAAGAAGGACACCAGGUGACGUUAUUCACUCGAGGGAAGGCACCCAUAACCCAACAAUUGCCAGGAGAAUCUGAUAAAGAAUACACUGAUUUCUCAUCAAAGGUAUUGCAUUUGAAGGGGGACCGGCAGGAUUUUGAAUUUGUGAAGACUAGUCUUUCAGCCGGGGGCUUUGAUGUCGUCUAUGAUAUAAACGGACGAGAAGCUGUUGAAGUAGAGCCUAUAUUGGAUGCUUUGCCGAACCUUGAACAGUUCAUAUACUGCUCGUCGGCAGGAGUCUACAAGAAAUCUGAUCUGCUACCUCAUUUUGAGACCGAUGAAGUUGAUCCAAAGAGUAGGCACAAAGGGAAGCUUGAAACCGAGAGCUUGUUGGAUUCAAGAGGAGUGAACUGGACUUCCAUAAGACCAGUUUAUAUAUAUGGACCUUUGAAUUACAAUCCUGUCGAAGAAUGGUUCUUCCACAGACUCAAAGCCGGACGACCGAUUCCGAUUCCUAGCUCUGGAAUUCAGAUCACUCAGCUUGGACAUGUUAAGGAUUUAGCAACUACUUUCGUUAAGGUUCUCGGUCAUCCAAAGGCAAGCAAGCAAGUGUAUAACAUAUCUGGAUCAAAAUAUGUCACCUUUGAUGGAUUAGCAAAAGCAUGUGCUAAGGCUGCUGGAUUUCCUGAGCCUGAGAUAAUUCACUACAAUCCGAAGGAAUUCGAUUUCGGGAAGAAGAAAGCCUUCCCUUUCAGAGAUCAGCAUUUCUUUGCAUCAAUUGAGAAAGCAGCUCGAGAACUCGAUUGGACCCCAGAAUUCAGCUUGAUUGAAGGCCUUGCAGAUUCAUACAAUCUUGACUUUGGCCGAGGAACUUUCCGUAAAGCUGCCGACUUUUCUACCGAUGAUAUAAUUCUCGGCAAAUCUCUUGUUCUUCAGAGUUAAGAUUCAAUUCUUGGGCAAUUUUCAGCAAAUUUCUGAUUGCUUAAUCUGGUUAUCAGGCUUGUAAAUUGGAUGACAUGCUACACUAGUUUUAGUUUUUUUCCUAUCAAUAGAACAUCCAAUUUUAAUGUAUUUUUCUUCUUGGACUUC